AUGAUGACUAUUGCUACAACUGUCACUAAACAAUCAUCUCCUGUUGCUUCUCGAAAGAAGUAUCCAGCUCCUCAACGUCCCAGUAUUGAGGAAUUGAAGAAGAAGUAUGAAGCUAAUACUACCAAUGCCAACCAGCAAACUUCCAUGACUCCAAAACAAUCGUCGCCUAAGAUGUUGAAAAAAUCAAAAGUCAAGCAAAUGGCCUCAAUGUUCAAUUCCAAGAUUUCCCAAAUUAUCAGAAGAGAACCAGAUGUUGGCAAGUAUACUACUUUGGUGAAUGAAUUAACGCCCGAACCCAAGCCACAACCUAAGACGGGGUUACCAAAACCCUUGCCUUUACCCAAGAUACGCUAUAAUAAGGAAAGAGCUCCCUUGCCUAGUCCCCGUACUAAAGCAAAAGCUAAGGCCCAACAAAAAUCCAUGUACUUUGUAUCUGAAGACAACUUUGCCAAGUUAACGGUAAAGGAUAAGGCCCAAUUGUAUACCCAAUUCAUAGAUGACAUGUCCAAGAAAAAUCCCAAGUUUGGCAAACAUGCUGAACUAAUGGAAGCUAAUGUUAAGAAGGUGGUGGCUAGAGGUGAAGUGAUUAAUGAAAAACAAGCCUCAGUCAAACGUUUGCUAGAGGAACUUGAGGCUAGAUGUGCCUUCCCUAAACAAACGGUUUCACCUUUGGCCUUACAAAGAAUCAACUCGAUGCGGAAAUCUAAAGCUAAUGCUAAGGGACCAGUUAAAUCCAAAGAAUUUGAAGAUAUUCUACAGAAAAAAGUAUCUCAUAUCACUACUCUAACGGUAACACUACAACCCAUUCCCGAAAUGAAGAAACAAAGAAGAGCUAGAUCUUUGCCACGUCGUCGUAGAGAUCAUGAACAAGUACUUAAGGAAUUGGGCAUUAUAGAACCUUCUCACAAGAGAAACAAUGAUGAAAUGCGUUCUUCGUUGCCUAUUGAGGCCUAUGCUCCUCCCAAGAAGAUCCGUCGCACUAGAACCGAAAGAUUGACUCCUCAAAUUGUCUUCCAAAAUCAACAAUUGGAAAAUUUAUUUUUUACUUGGUUGAGAGAAAGACAAGAUAAAGAGAAAGAGGAAAUUGUUAAGGAAUGUGAAACAACAGAAGUCAAAUCCAAGUCUUCUAUAGACAAGCUAUUAGAGGAGGCCAUAGCUAAGUUGGAAACAGUGGAAACCAAACAAAAGGAUGAAAAGGAAAUUGAGACUAAAGCCAAUGAAAUUACACCCAAAUUGACACCACGCAAAAAGAAACCAGCUCCUCCAGUGCCAACGCAUGCCAAGCAAAUACCUUUGGCCAGCUGUGAAGCAUCAACCACUUCAUCUGUUAAACAUUCAGAAGCUGAAGAAAGUGAAUCGGGUCUAGGCGCUUUGACAAAAAUUAAUAGCGAAGAUUCACAGCCUGAUACUCAAGACAAGGAAACUGAGCAAUUGGAAAAGGAAAGCGAUUUUGGCAAACCUAUUAAACCUCUACGUAAAAAGAAAAUGCGUCGCACUUUAACUUGGAAAAAAGAUACCUCCAUAGAAGAGACACAUCCCAUAACCUCCACCGAUUCUGAUUCAGAUUCCAAAAUCAGCGAAACCAUUAAUAAAAACAAGAUGCUUUUUAUAGCCCCACAAAUGGCGCAAGUAACAGAAGCUGUAGAAACACCUAUUGAGCCUAGUUUUGUGGAACUAGACGAAUCCCUAAUGCGUGAAGUAAAUUCGCCACGCAAAAUCAAAUCUGCCUACACUUUAACUGCCUGUUCACCCAUACCUUGUCAACAGGAAGAGGAUUUGAAGGAUUUUAACAAAGUUUUGGACGCCAGUGAAUGUGUUAAAAAUGAAACAUGCCACUCUUGGCCCUCGUUAGUGGACAAUGAAAUUGAACAGGAUUUCAGUUUACAAAACAAAACUCAAUCUUCUGAUUUGUCAAUGGCUUUGCCAAAUCUCGAACCUAGAUCUUUGGCUGAUAGUUUUAUAGAUCAAGGUUUUGAAACCGGGUCUAAUGAUAUGGAUAGUCCCAUACGUGCUCCCAAAAAAUCUGCCUUAAAACGAACUGAUAUUAAAGUAUCAGGACCUCUCUUCAUUAAACUGGGUUCAGAUGGGGAAAAUAAAGCUGAAACUCCUUCGGGUUUCUCAACGCCCAUUAAGGGUCAUUUGCAACAACAACAAGCAGAAAAAUCAACCAGUGGACCAGCUCCUCAGCAGCUUUUCAGUCCCAUAGCAAUGUCUUUGAAAAAUCGCCGCAAAUCUCUAUAUGACACUGAAUCUAGACGCAAUUCUUUGGCCAUGCAAGUAAUACGAGAAGAUCAUCCUUUGGAGCAUCAUGAAAUGACUUCACCUCGCAAUUUAAACAAUACCGAGCAGACAUUUUUCGCCAAUGCUCCCACCUUGGAUAUGUGCAAUGACAUGACCGGCCUUAAUACCGAUAAAACUUCUCAAUUUUGGAUUAAAUGUGGUGAUUUCUCGGUAUCUCUUGACAUCUAUUACAAUGAUGCCGAACGGGUGCGUUUACUAUAUGAAAUCUUUAGCCAAAGAAGUUGUGAUACCAAGGAUUUACAUUUUGGGAUUGAUGAUCAUAAGUUUUCCGUACACAAUCCUCAAGAUCAGGAGAAUAUCUCAAAACGUUUGCCUGCCAAUAAGGAUUGUUCGCACUAUUGGUUCUCCACUGGUGACUUGGCUAUACCUUUUGGUGGCAAACGUUUGUCUGCCGAAAAGAUACAACGUCUCUUUGAAUUCAUUAAAGCUUCUGUGGAAGAGACUGGCAUAUUGCGUUUUGGUGUGGAUACUGUAGAAUUUUCAAAUGUUCCUGAAUUCUGGAAUCAAUCACCCAAAUACUCUAUGGAAAGCAGCUACAGCAUGUUGGUGGGUUUACAAUCGGGCAAUAGUAAUGGUUUGGAAGGACGCAGUAAAUUUGCUUGGCCCAACUCCAAACCCGUACGUGUUAGUGACUUAGAUCAGUCCGACUAUGAGUGUGAGGAUUUUGAAGAUAACGAUUCUUGUCGGCUUUCCUUCUCACCCUUUGGCAGCAAUCAUUUCGAUUUAGCUGCUUUGGGUAAUGAAGAACUUUCCCUACCACGCAACAGUGAAGCCAUGAUGAAUAGUGAAUCAUUUGGUUAUGAAUAUGAAAAUGAAUCAUUGGAUCACUUAUUUGGUGAUAAAUACAAUGCCAAACCCAUGCCUGUACCCCAAAUUGAAGCCACUCCUGUGCCGGAAAUGUUAAACACUUUGAAAUCACAACAAGAACGUUUAAGUUUAGUACAAACUAAACUUUCCACCUACAACAACCCGGCUAAUCUAUCGAGUGAUGCACUAGAUGCUCUUAAGGGAACUCCAGAAUAUAUUGCCAAACUUAGGAGUAUAGUGGCCGAAAUUACCAGCAAAGGCAGCAGUAGUGGUUUUAAAGACUGCACCGUUCAAGAAUUGGAAAGUUAUAUGUUUUUCCUAAGUCGUUAUGCUGAUAUUUGUCUGCAUAGCUGCAGUGAUCAUAUGGAAAAAGUAUUGGAUGCUCUCUUGGAUCAAAGAGCUGUAGUGGUCUAA